AUGGGACAAGGUGGGGAUUAUGGAUUUUUAUUUGGGGGAUCAGCGAGAUGUCAAGACUGUGGGAACCAAGCUAAGAAGGACUGUAUGUAUAGGAGAUGUAGAACUUGUUGUAAGAACAAAGGAUUUCAGUGCCAAACACACAUUAAGAGCACUUGGGUUCCUUCUUACAGACGCCGCCAGAGGUAUAAUCAGAUGCUACAUCAUCAUCAUCAUCAUCUCACUCCAUCCUCAUCAUCUAUUGAUCAUCAUCAUCAUCCUGCAGAAAACCCUAAAAGACUCAGACAGAAUAGUCAGUAUCUCACCUCCUCUUCAGGGUUAGAGAAGGGAGAUUUUCCGGGAGAAGUGAGGUCAACGGCAGUAUUCCGGUGUGUUCAAGUGAGCUCUACUGAUGAUCAUGGAAUUAAACAGUAUGCAUAUCAGACGGCUGUGAGCAUAGGAGGGCAUGUUUUCAAAGGUAUUCUCUACGAUCAAGGCCCUGAUGAUCACGAUCGUGAUCAUCAUCAUCAGUACUACUCCAGAACUGGUCAAGAAACAGUUUUACAGCAGCGGCCUAAUUAUGAAGCCAAUGUGGGUGCCCUAGAAGCUGCUUCUGGUGAUGAUGGUAGAAUAGCUUAUCGUUCAGCGGCUUCUGUAGAAGCACUUAUAAUUCCUUCUUCUGCUGCUACAUCUACUUGUCCAAUAUUUAGCUUCAGUGCUUUCAUGUCUGGUACGCCAUUUUCUUCUUCCUCAAACCCAAGAUCUUAA